AUGGAGACGAUUCCUUUAACGUGCAAAAAAUCCCUCAAAUAUACGGAAUUUAUGGGCGACGUAGUUCGAAGACUUAUUUAUGUGGAGGAAGUCGACGUUGUGACGAUAGGUGAAGAGGAAAAGGGAUGUACUUGCGAAUGUUGCGGGGUGCGGAUCAUUUACUGCCCUAAGGCGACCUAUGGGGGCGGCGCGGGGGUUAUUUAUGAAGAUGUGUGGCAGAAGGGCUGGGACCGUCAGCGGGCGUGUAGGUCGGUGACAAAUAAGGAAAAUCAGGCGGGAGCGAGGUGGUUGCCCUGCGGAGCACCUGAUGUCACACUAAUUCUACUAGAAACUAAAGUGAAUAGCUGUAAGCCCCUCAAGCUGCCGCCCCUAAUCCAGUCCGCGUCGGGCCUCAAUAAUGCAGUUACCUCAACACCGUUUCCCUCUCAACAAACAAUUAUAAAAAUGCGAGUCACAACCGCAUUAUUGUUUACGAUCUGGGUGAUACUCGCUCCGGUUAAUUCGGCCCGAGAAGUUAGAAGUGACGUGGUUCCGUUACAAAUUCCAAAAACGGACGCGCUGGCUAAAAAUGAGAAUUCGAGGACCGUGAGGGAUUGCAUUAUAAGUUUACUUCACAUUCAAAGGGCGCCUCUUCUAACAACAAACUGUUGCCUAACAAGGUUAUGUCCGAAGAAGAAUAGCACGGAACAUUUAAAAGACAACAAAAGUGCGCCGUUAUCGCGAAAGCGCUGCAAACUUUCGAACGUCAACAAGAAAACGGUUCCGAUAAAUUGUAGAAUUGUUGGUGAAUUUAAAAAGAGAUCAGCAGAAAAAUCUAUUAGCUUCACGUUAGUCUCCCCCACGAGUUCGUAUGCUCAAGCGCCCAAUUCACGAACGCAAGAUAAGAAAAUUAGAUUUGAAAAUAUCACAAAGAUAUCUGCAAGAAUCUCUGGUUUGCAAUUCUUGGAUGUCCCCAAGGGAGACGAAAUGCGCAUCCAUAACCUUAGACUCGAAGAGGAGUACUUGUUAUUCGAAGUAUUCUCUACCAUAAUGGGAUAUUUACAACCAAGCGAAUUUCCUGCAGGUCUUAUACGUGACGCUCUCCAGAAGCAAGUUCCAUUUCACCUACUCGUCUUUCAGCUUCUCAAGACGGAGUUCGCAACUCUGGGAUGGAUUAUCUUCUGGACUACAGUGACAAUCGCGAUUCCAUUCAUAACUCUGACUUACUUUUGCUGCUCGAGGGGGAAUCUGCAUAGACUUCGAGACGAGUCGUCAGACGUGACUCCAGAUUUCAGAGACAAGUGUGUGGAGCGCACCCUCACAGUUCUGCUCUUGUUCUUUUUAAUCCUGCAACUCUUUCCCAUCGGGAUUCUCUUCGCCGGCAACGAGCAAAUCUCCCGCCAAAUGUCGCACUCCGCCGCCGCCACCGCCGCCGCCUUCGACGACCUCUCCACCUUCCUGCGGAACACCCACAUGCAGAUCUCCUUCGUCGCCACUUCCUCCACCGACAUCACAAUCGAAGCCAUCCGAAAAGACCUAGAAGAUAUUGAAAACUUGCUCGGUCGCCCCUUCCAGGAGGAGCUGGCUCGCGAAACCGGGAUUGAUGGCGCGCUGGAGGAACUCGAGGAAGUGAAAAUAGGGAGUGAUGAAGUCACUUUGUUGGCUACGCAGUUGUUGGAUGAAUGUGCUUUAGUCAAGACGGAGGGAAACUCGCUGCAAGAAAAAUUAACAGAAGUUUCGAGACAAUUAACGCUUGCUAGACAGCAGUGUCGGUCGAGGGACCGAGCUUUGUGCUAUACGUUGCAGUACACGGGGCUGGAGGUGGUAUUUUCGUGCGGAAAUCUGUCGUCUGACGCGACCAUGAGACACCUCGAACGCCUGCAGAAGGAGAAAAACCUGGACAGGAACGUGGAAAAAGCCCGGACCGCUUUCACAAGACUUCCAGAGAGAGUUUCCCGGGAAACGGUCCCCCAUGUUGCAGAAAUAAAAAGCGUGCUAACUCGAAAGCGCACCGAAGUGUAUAAAUCAGCCCACUCGCUGGACGAAUUAUCAAGAUCCCUGUCGGCUUCGAUCAGGAGCGCUCAACAAGCCGCGGUUCGGGCCGUCGAGGCUCUUAACAGGUGGGAAUUAUGGCGAUGGUUAUCGGUUUUAGGCGCUUCGACAAUGGUAUCUCUGGUUUGGGGUUUGUUAUUAUGCGGCGCACCCUGCGGAUGCGGCACGACUUCCAGGACUAUACCUUUCCUGCUAUCAGGAGUCGUCCUCACAUCCUUAACAUGUCUGCUGGUUUGGGCGCUGGGAACGCUGUCAUUUUUGCUCGGAGUUCAUGGACAAUCCCUGCUGUGUCAACCCCUCCACGAUCAGCCUCAUUAUAAAGCACUGGCAGAAAUUCUCGAUUCGGGAGGUAUUCUGCACAAAGAGGGUGGCGUCUUCAAAGCGUUCCUUAAAGCGAAUGACUCCUUGAAAACUGCCGACGUGCUCAACAACUGCCAGCUCAACCAGCCCGCCUACUCCACCUUCCACCUCCACAACUUCUUCGACGCCGCCUCCGUGACCAACCACCGCACCUGGCCCGACUUGCAAACCGCCGCCGGCGACUUCGCCAUUAGCGAGCCGCCCCUGGAAAUCCUCAGUCCUUCGCUGCAAUUAAGCCUCCAGUUCCUGGCGACCACGUCGUCGCUCAAUUUAACGGAGUACAGGACGAAAAUUUCCGGCUCUUUGACGAGAAAAGACCUGAGUUCGUUUGCUGAUCAAUUAAACACCGUCGCCAGGCAAUUAAGUGACCCCAGCAGCUCGAAGAGAAUCGACGAGAUUGCUUUGACGCUCAGAAAAAUUAUUCAUAAUGAAAUGGCACGCCUGGCUGAUUUGAAGGAUCGCAUCCUUUAUAAAAUAACCGCGCUUGAUUUACUUAUUCAUCCUUUGAGCCAGCAGGCAAACCGAUCGCUGGCACAUUUCAAAGACGUGCAGCUUUUUCUGGAUAGCCGCGGCGGAGAGGUCGCUCAAAGGGUUUCGGCUCGCUUUAUGUCUCGUCUGGAAACUUACCUGGGAGACCUUCACAGACACAUAACAACCAAAGUGACAAAGGAAAUAGGAGGCUGCAAACCACUCUGGGACAUUUUCCGGCUGGCGCGUUUCUUCACUUGCAAACUAAUAGUGGAUCCAACUACCGCCAUUUCAGCAUCGAGCUUUAUACUAACCUUACUGUUUCUGGGUGUCGUCAUUGUCGUAUUGAAUUUAGUGGAACAUUACCGGGAGCUUAAUGAAGAACUAUUAACCUCCAUAACACAUAGGCGCGCCAGAGACGGACUCAUAAUAGACGACGAAGGCACUUGGGCGUCCCCAUCGUUAGAAACACCACCAGAUGUUGAAAUGAGGAAUAAUGGGCAAGGGGAGCAGGCGACGUGGGUCUCCCCUAAUUCCAGGCAGAGCGUCGAGCUCUUGAUUCCGCCACCCCCCAGAGCGCUUCAGGGUCCGUCCAGGUCUCGGUCUCCCAAAAGGCUUUCUACAAUAGCGUCAAGGAUAUCGGCUGCUAGAGUGCCGCAGAUUCCCUCCGUAUCGAGAGCAAGGUCUCCAAAAAGGGGCCGCCAUGAAUCACUCCGCCUGAUCGAACCGAUCUGCUGGAAAUCGGGGUCGCUUUCUCCGAGGAGUUGGCUGUAG